GGGUUUUUUGCCGUUUAUAAAGAGAAAUCAAUAUGCGAUUUCUGCGCUUAACCAUGUGAUUCAUACCAAAAGCAUAUUCCGUGUUAUCUUGGUUUCUGAGAUUAAAAAAAAAGUCUUGGAGGAGCAGGGAGGAAGAAGUAUCGAUCGACGGGGCCUUAACAAGGAAGAUAUAUCAUCGCCUGUCUCGUCAGUCGCGUCAUCUCCCAAUCUACAGUUAUGGAGACACGAAAUGAUGUUAUGGAAAGCCCCAGCAUCUUUGAUCUGAAUUAUGUGCUGAGCAGUUGUUCAAACUUCUCCCCGGACUUAGAAGAAGAAGAGCGGGCAUCAAAACCGACCUUGAACUUACUGGAUGUUAAUUAUGAGGUCAAAGAAAGGGUUGGCCCGUGGUGGAAAGGGGCGUGUUUCCGGAGACAGCGGAAAAAGACCGUACUCCGUGACGUCACUGUGCAGUUAAAGAGCGGACAACUCACUGCAAUACUCGGAAGUUCAGGAUCUGGUAAAACUUCCCUUUUGGAUGUUAUAGCCUGUAGAACAGAGGGUCAAGUGACAGGCAAGGUUUACUACAACAAUUAUGAAUGUUCUAAAGAAGUGAUAAAACAAUACGGUGCCUACGUCAUGCAGGCCGAUCGUUUUCUCCACAAUCUGACAGUGAGAGAGACGCUCCGAUACGCCGCCUUUCUACGGCUGCCCGGUCGGACCAAACAAUUCGAAAUUGAAAACAAGGUAAAUAAUGUUAUAAAUGAGAUGGGAUUAAAGAAUGUGGCUGAUAGCAGAAUCGGAGGUUCCAUAGUUCGAGGAAUUUCUGGCGGUGAACGAAGAAGAGUUACAAUUGCACUUCAGCUCUUACAAGAUCCAAAGAUUUUGCUGCUAGACGAACCCACCACAGGCCUGGACAGUUACACGGCACACUAUCUAGUCUCAAACCUCCGCGACAUCGCACGAAGAGGUAAACUGGUUCUCCUCACAAUUCAUCAGCCUCGAUCUGACAUCUUUAAACUCUUUGACGAAGUCGGUAUUCUCAGUAUGGGUGAUAUGGUGUACUUUGGCGGAGCGGAACAGAUGCUGGAUCACUUUCAGAACAUUGGAUACCCGUGUCCUACGUAUGCAAAUCCAUUGGAUUUUUAUGUUGACUUGGCCAGUAUAGACAGAAGAGACCAUCAAAGGGAACACGAAACCGCUACAAGAGUACGCCACCUGGUGGACACAUUUUAUAAAUCAGAGAUUCAUAACGAGACUGUAAAUGACGUCAAUGAGGCAACAAUGCGACCAACAAACAGAGCAACGAUGCUUUAUUUCUACAAACCACGACCGCCUAAUGUGUUUCGGGUGAUGUUUACCCUGUGGAAACGAAUGAUGGUGAAUUUGAUGAGGGACCGGACGAUCUACAUUCCGCGCGUAUUUAUGUUGGCGCUCUUUGUUCCGUUUAUCUGCGCCUUCCUGGGCCACAUGAAAACGAACCAGGAAAGUAUACAAGACAGGAUUGGGUUGAUGUAUCAGUCCGCCAGUGUGCCCCCGUAUGUCUCCAUUCUUAAUGCCGUGGCCAUUUUUCCACCUCUGAGGGAUCUCUUCUACAGAGAAUGUCGGGACGGUUUGUACUCCACUGCUACUUUUAUUCUGACAUAUGCAAUCCACAUUCUACCUUUCCACAUCAUCGCCAGCUUCAUCUUCAGUAUCGUCGUCUACUGGGUGACGGGGCUUUAUCCGACAUGGGAUAGAUUCGCCAUCUAUUACGCCGUGGUGUGUGCCCUCCACUUCAUAGGGGAGAUAAUCACAGUUGGUACCAUGGGAGUCCUCAUCGACCCUAACAUUGCCAAUAGUACGUCAGCCCUGGUCUUAACAGCCUCUCUUCUCCUCGCCUCAGGACUUCUCAGAAGUAUCAAGAACAUGUUGGAGAUUUUCCAGUGGGCCAGUUGGCUCAGUGUUCAUAAAUACAGCACAGAAAUUCUAAUGGCCAACGAGUUUAAUGGGCUCAACUUCACCUGCCCACCGCCUGAUAAAGGAGUUUGUCAGUAUGAGACGGGUAACCAGUAUUUACGGGACUUCUAUCCGGACGCCGUGGAUAACAUGCACACAAACUUCUGGGCUCUGGGAGGGUUUAGUGUUUCCUUUGUUGUGUUUACUAUUAUAGCCUUUAAAAUCCGAGGGAUACCGAACCUCAACUAGAGACCUUGAUACCUCGCAACAACCGGACCUCUAAUUCGUCACAAUAUUUGAAGAACACUCUGCCUCAGUUUGGCCAAAAAAAUAUUGACAAAUAAUACGACUUCCAAGAGACUGUUUAAAAUUUUAUUAUUGACUUAUUGUUACAACGAGAUUUGUUUAUUACUAAGGUAAUA